UCGUUAGAUGGCUGUAGCGCAGCUGCGCUAGAUUUGUACUGGCGAGUUUCUUGGUUCAUCUUCCUCACCUGAGUGUGGAAAGGCCGAUCGUUGGAAGCGGGAGAGAGAAAAUGAGCAUCGCAUCGACUGCAGCGUACCUUGCUAGGCGAGCUGCGCAGAAGGAGAGGGUUCGGAUCCUCUACCGCCGUGCCCUUAAAGACACCCUCAACUGGGCUGUCCAUCGCCACCUCUUUUACGACGACGCUUCUAACCUCCGGGAAAGGUUCGAAGCAAACAAACAUGUGGAAGACCUUGAUACUAUCGAUAGACUGAUAGAGGAUGCUGAAGCAACCUACAAUAAGUGGCGGCACCCUGACCCUUAUAUAGUUCCUUGGGCUCCUGGUGGUUCUAAGUUUACUCGCAACCCAACUCCACCUGAAGGGAUUGAGAUAAUAUAUGAUUAUGGUCGUGAAGAUAAUGACUGAAACAGUCAUUUCCUGUGCAAUGAAUAAAGAUAGAAAUUACCCAGACUUAUGAGAAUGGAGAACGCAAUGGCAGGCUUUGUGUUCGAUUGUUGCUUGAACUUUGACUUAUAUGACAUUGUCAUUUCAUUAUGGUUAUUGAAAGUUGGAGUUUCUUCAUGCUUGUUCGUCCAACCCAUAAAUAGUUUGUCAUGUUUCUGCAUUUGGAGUAAUCCCCGAACUUGACUGCAAA